AUGACCACUCCGGUCCUCCUCGACGCUCACGGCCACGCUAACCUGACCAACUCUGGUCAGGUCUCACUCACCGACUCUGAAAAGUCUAUCCCUAAGGACGAAGAGGCCCAGGGCACCUAUGUUGGCACUGCCACCGCAACCGAGCUCAGCUUCGGCAGCGACGAUGAGACCCUGCGCACAAAGUUUUACGAGCCUCCCGACAGCUACGAGUCCAAGCACCGCUGGGAUCCCAAGGCCACGUGGACAGAGGAAGAGGAGAAGAAGCUCGAUCGCAAGCUCGAUUGGCGCAUCAUGUUCUUUGCAUGUGUAUGCUUUUUCAGUCUCUGCCUUGACCGCAGUAACAUUGGCAGUGCACUUUCUGAUGGCUUCUUGGCCGACAUUGGGUGCACCACGGCAGACUACAACAACGGCCAGACAAUCUUCCUCGUUGCCUUCCUUCUCUCGGAGCUUCCCUCGCAGCUCAUCUCCAAGAAGAUUGGCUCGGAUCGUUGGAUCCCGAUCCAGAUGAUGGUUUGGUCGCUCGUGACCCUUGGAAACAUGGGCAUCAAGGACCGCGGCAGCUACUUUGCUCUGCGCGCCCUCCUCGGUAUCUUUGAGGGCGGCUUCAUUGCCGACACUGUCCUGUACCUCAGCUACUAUUACACCACCGUGCAGCUCACCACCCGUCUGGGCUACUUUUGGAUUUCCUUGACCGUCGCCUCUAUUGCUGGCUCUCUCCUCGCUGCGGGCAUUCUCGAACUUCGUCACCAUACCCAUCUUGCCGGUUGGCGCUGGCUGUUCAUGAUUGAGGGCCUCCUUACCUUUUUGAUCGGAGUCUUCGCAUGGUUCUACUUGCCGCCUGGACCCACUCAGACCGCUGGUGGGCCGUUCAACGUCCGCGGCAAGGGCUGGUUCACCGAGCGCGAGGAGGUCAUCAUUGUCAACCGCGUCCUCCGCGACGACCCCACCAAGUCCGACAUGCACAACCGUCAGGGUAUCAGCUUGAGCCAGUUCAAGGACUCUAUUAUCGACUACGACCUCUGGCCGUGCUACGCCAUUGGCAUCGUCUUUUACCUGGCACAAUCCACAGUCGGCGCGUACUUUACCCUCACGCUCAAAUCGCUUGGUUACUCGACAUUCCACACCAACCUGCUCGUCAUUCCAAGCUCCAUCGUGAUGAUUAUCAACAUCUUUUGGCUCACCGCUCUUUCGAAGAAGCUCAAGGAGCGUUUCCUCGUCAGCACCAUCGGCGCAUUCUGGGGUAUCAUUCUGUUUGCCGUUCUUGUGGCGAUCCCGUCGUCGACCAACAAGUGGGGCAAGUGGGCGCUCCUGUCCCUCAUCGUCUCUACUCCCUACUACCACCCCAUUACUGUGUCGACAGUUAGCGGAAACUCGGGAUCGGUCCGCAUGCGCACCGUGUCUCUCGCAGUGUACAACAUGAUGGCCCAAGUCGGUGGCAUCGCGGCCGCACACGUUUACAACCCAAGCGACGCGCCCUACUACCCUAAGGGUAACAAGGUCCUCCUUGGUGUUGUUAUCCUCUCGCUUGCCGUCCUCCUGUUCUCCAAGGCCUACUACGUCCUCCGCAACCGCUACCGCGCCAAGAUUUGGGAUUCGUGGUCACCCGAGGAGAAGCACCACUACCUCCAGACCACCACGGACAAGGGCAACAAGCGCCUCGACUUCCGCUUUGUUCACUAG